CCUUACCCCGGUAAAAUUCACUAAUACAGAGUGGAACUCCCAACCAAACUGUACGUUAUGGCUCGCGCAAUUUAGUCCAUCGUCAUGUAGGCGAGGAUUCAUUUGUCGUGCUCGAUUACCUUUGUCCGACGGCUAAAUGAUUCAACUCGUGAUUAACAUUUUUGUAUUGCUGAACAAUGUUCCGUUUUCAUUUCAAGAAGACGACAAUGUAUUACAUAUCGGAGGUAUAUUUCCGAUCGGUGGCAAAGGAGGUUGGCAAGGGGGUCAAGCCUGCGAGCCCGCUGUCAGGCUGGCAUUGGAAGACGUGAACAAGAAUAGUGUUCUGUCCGGGUAUCAAUUGAAGUUGCAUUGGAACGACAGUGAGUGUGAUCCAGGAUUGGGCGCAUCGGUCAUGUAUGAUUUAUUGUAUAACAAACCUCAAAAGCUCAUGUUAUUAGCUGGAUGUAGUACUGUAUGUACAACUGUUGCUGAAGCGGCAAAAAUGUGGAAUUUAGUUGUUUUGUGCUACGGUGCUAGUUCACCAGCACUGUCGGAUCGGAAUCGUUUUCCCACAUUAUUCAGAACUCAUCCUUCGGCCACCGUGCACAGUCCUACCAGAAUCACUCUGAUGAAAAAAUUUGGAUGGUACAGAAUUGCAAUUCUUCAGCAAACGGAGGAAGUGUUUAUUUCUACAGUGGAGGACAUUGAGUUGCGUUGCAAACAAAACGGCAUCGAAAUAAUUACUAGGCAAAGUUUUGUAAGCGAUCCAGCCGAUGCGGUUAAAAAUUUACGAAGACAAGACGCCAGGAUUAUUGUUGGUUUGUUUUACGUUGUCGCUGCUAGAAAAGUUUUGUGUGAGAUGUAUAAACAACAAUUAUAUGGAAAAUCCUACGUGUGGUUUUUUAUUGGUUGGUACGAAGACAAUUGGUUUGAGUUGAACUUGGAUAAGGAAGGGAUCGAAUGUACAAGAGAACAAAUGAGAAUUGCAGCUGAAGGUCAUAUUACUACCGAAGCUCUGAUGUGGAAUCAAAAUAUUAAUCAAAAAACUGUUUCUGGAAUGACCUCCGAAGAUUUCCGUCAAAGACUUGAAAAUGUUUUGAGAUCUGAAGGUUAUGCAAUUGAUCGGCAUCGUUAUCCUGAAGGUUAUCAAGAAGCACCGCUAGCUUAUGACGCCGUCUGGGCUGUAGCUUUAGCUUUUAAUAAAACGAUGAGUAUUUUGGAAAAACAAGGAAAAUCAAUUACUAGUUUUAAUUACAACAAUAAAGAAAUUGCAGAUCACAUUUAUUCAGCCAUUAAUUCCACUCAAUUUCUCGGGAUAUCUGGGUGGGUGGCUUUUAGUUCACAAGGUGAUCGAAUAGCACUGACGCAAAUCGAACAAGUCAUCGAUGGAAAAUACGUUAAACUUGGUUACUAUGACACACAGUCGGAUAACUUAACGUGGUUUGAUAAAGAGAGAUGGAUAGGAGGAAAAAUUCCUCAAGAUCGAACCGUGAUUCGACGUGUGUUGCGUACAUUGUCCAUACCGUUACUAAUAUGUAUGUGGGUUAUCACGACUAUUGGAAUACUCGUAGCUGUUAGCCUCAUAAUAUUCAAUGUUCUUAACCAUCACAGAAGGGUCAUCGCACAAUCAUAUCCAGCUUGUAACACCAUCAUGUUGUCUGGCUGUGUGCUGAGUUUGAGCAGCAUUUACUUAUUUGGCUUGGACGGUCAAAUCAUAUCAUCAGCCGUUUUCCCGAACAUAUGCCAAAUAAAAACGUGGGUGUUGUCGAUUGGAUUCACACUGGGUUAUGGAGCUAUGUACAGCAAGGUGUGGAGAGUGCACAGGUUGCACACGAGUCAAAAGAAAAAUGCAAUCAGGAAAGCACUGCAGCCGUGGAAAAUGUACUCGAUCGUAAUAUUUUUACUCGGCGUCGAUGUAGCGAUUUUAUUUCUUUGGCAGUGUAUGGAUCCAUUGAAGCGGGACAUACAAGUUUUUCCUAUGGAAAACCCAUUAAAUAGCAACGAUGACAUUAAAAUACGACCAGAACUCGAGCACUGCAAGAGUGUAAAUCAUAACUUCUGGCUUAGUUUAACAUUAAGUUAUAAAGGAUUGCUCUUACUUUUCGGACUUUUUGUCUCAUACGAAACUAGAAGCGUGAAACUAAGACAGAUAAACGAUUCGCGGUAUGUCGGAAUGUCAAUUUAUAAUGUGGUCGUUACAUGCUUAAUAACUGCACCUGUGAUUAUGGUGACGGCAUCACAGCAAGAUGCUAGUUUCGCUUUCGUAGCGUUAUCAGUUAUUUUUUGUUGUUUCCUUUCAAUGGCCCUCAUAUUUGUACCAAAAGUAAUCGAAGUGAUUAGGGAUCCACAUGACAAACCGGAAUCUAAGUACAAUCCUGACGCGGGGAUGUCAAAAGAAGAUGAAGAUAAGUAUAAGAGACUUAUAGAUGAAAAUAAACAGCUUGCUGCUAAAAUAAAAGAGAAAGAAGAUCGGUUAAAACAACUAAAGUCUGACUUAGCCAGCUUAAGGGGCGAUACAGAUAAGACUGAAUUAAAAUGGAACGACGAGUCACAGCUUACCGAGCAUUCGUUCUUAUCGCAGUCGGUAAAUAAAGAUACUUUAAUUGUAGCUGAUUUCAUAACUGGCGAAGGUACAUCAGACUCAGCGUUCAUUGCUGCUAUCAAGAAUUGACGAGAACAGUCAAAUGUAACCUAUGGAAUGAGGAACAGGACACCAUCGUUAACGCAUUAUUUGACUCUACGCUUAGAUGAAAACGAAUUUUACGAAAUUAAAACACACAUACACCAUCUGUUGUAAAAGUUAUUACAUUUUGGCUCAUAUAAUGUUUUUGUUUUCACAUUAAUAUUUUUACUUAAUUAUUAAUCGAGAACAUUUAAUCUGUAUUUAGUGGGAUAAUGUAUCGUGUUAAGUGUUAAUAAUUUAU